GAUGGCGGACUAAGCGACGUGGCUUCCCGGAGAAGUUUCACAUUUACGAUCUUAUAGAUUCAAAAAUAGCAUCAAAUACCUGAACUAUUCGCCUUCUCUUAAGCCCACGAAACGGACUUUGAUUGUGGAGCGAUGGCGUGUUACCUGAAGUGAAGAUUGAAGACGUGAUAGAAGAUGGACGACUACUGCUAUGCUAAGAUGGCGACGUCCGCUAAAAGAGAACAUGAAAGAGAAUCAGCGCCACCAACGGAGAACAAUCUGAAAAGCGAAGAUGAAGACGUCCAGCAGCUGAUCAGUGAUCCAGAAGAAGUUUCCCCUCAGUUAGGGGGGAGCUCCACUUUGAAGCAGGAGACUCCACAACCACCCUGCAUUAAAAAUGAAGAGGAGGAACUCUGGAUCACUCAGGAGGAAGAGUGUCUUCUAGGACGAGAGGAAGCUGAUUACACCAAGUUUCCACUGAGUAUUAUCUCUGUGAAGACUGAAGAUGAUGAAGAGAAACCACAAGUAGACAACCUCUUAGCUCCACUAUCAGAUAGUGAGGCUAAAGACGAGGUUGAAGAACCUUUGAGCAGCGAUAAAGACUGUGAAGGUGAUAUGAGGACUCACACUGACAACAAACACUCUGAAUGCUCUUCAAAGAAGAGAGGUCAAACAUGUUUGAGCUGCUCAGUUUGUGGCAAAAGCUUUUCUGUUAAGAGGAGUUUGACUCAACACAUGAGAAGACACACAGGUGAAAAAACAUGUAUUUGUUCAGUUUGUGGCAAAAGCUUUUUUGGUAAGAGUAAUUUGACUCAGCACAUGAAAACACACACAGGUGAAAAACCAUUUAUGUGUUCAGUUUGUGGCAAAAGCUUUACUGUUAAGAGGAAUUUGACUGAACACAUGCGAACACACACAGGAGAAAAACCAUAUAGUUGUUCAGUUUGUGGCAAAAGCUUUUUUGGUAAAAAUAGUUUGACUCAACACAUGAGAACACACACAGGAGAAAAACCAUUGAAGUGUUCAGUUUGUGGCAAAAGUUUUUCUCGAAAUAGCCAUUUGACGCAACACAUGAGAACACACACAGGUGAAAAAAAAUUUAACUGUUUGAUUUGUGGUAAAAAUUAUUCUGUUAAGAGGAAUUUGACUGAACACAUGGCAACACACACAGGAGAAAAAACGUGUAAUUGUUCAGUUUGUGGCAAAAGCUAUUCUACUAAGAGGAGUUUGACUGAACACAUGAGAACGCACACAGGAGAAAAACCAUUUAGUUGUUCAAUUUGUGGCAAGAGCUAUUCUUUUAGGAGCAAUUUGACUGAACACAAGAGAACACACACAGGUGAAAAACCAUUUAAGUGUUCAGUUUGUGGCAAAGACUUUUCUGUUAAGAGGAAUUUGACGGAACACAUGAGGGGACACACUGCACUAAGACCAUUUAAUUGUUCAGUUUGUGGUAAAAGCUUUCCUCAUAAGAGCUCCUUGUGUCGACACAUGAGAACACACGCUGGAGAAAAAACAUUUAGUUGUUCAGUAUGCUGUAAAAGGUUCCCACAUAAUGCCGACGUAGUAAAACACAUGAGAACACACAAGGGAAAAUAACCAUUUAGCUGUUUAGUUUGUGGUAUGUUGCUCAUAUGUGGUGACAUCCACCCUACCCAGGACCUCCUCACUGCUUCUUUCACAAAUAUCUGAGGUAUUCAUACAAACUUGGAUUAUUUGGAGCAUAAUCUUGUCUAUUCAUGACCCCAUGUCUUCUCUGUAUCUGAAACCUUCCUGAACAGUAAGAUAGAUGAUGCUUCAAGUGCUUGGUUACUCCUUCUUCAGUCCAGGGACCUGGGGCCUCAUGUGUCAAGUUUGUGCACGCUCAAAAACCUGCACUACACCCUUUUUCACUGCAAAGUUGAGAUGUAUCAAGUUGACUUGAAAAUUCAUAGCGGUCAUUCGCACAAUUCUACAGGCUGUGGAUACUUAAGCGACAUGCAUAAGUGAUGCUGGGUAACUGUUUGCAUAACAAACUGCCAACUUUUACUCAUCAGACUGAUUGAUGUGCAAAUCAGAGACAUAUGAACAAUUAACCCCCAACACCCACAACCCA